UCCGGCGCUGAGCCUGAGGGAGCUGCGCGACAUGGCGUGCCGGCAGCAGUCGCAGAUAGAGUCGCAGCGCCAGCUGCUGGCCGCGAGGGAGCAGCGGCUGCGCUUCCUCAAGCAGCAGCAGCUGCACCUGCAGCCGCAGGGCGCGCCCAACCAGCAGGGCCAGCAGGGACAGCAGCAGCAGCAGCAGCAGCAGCAGCAGAGGGCGCACGAGGCGGAGCGGCUGCGCAGGCUGCGGGAGCGCGUGGAGGCCCAGGAGCUGAAGCUGCGGAAGCUGCGCGCGCUGCGCGGCCAGGUGGACGCCCAGAGGCAGGGCAACGCCGCGCUCACGUCCGACCUGGACUCUAUCCGCGCGCUGUUCAACGAGAAGGAGAAGGAGCUGUCGGUGGCGGUGGCCAAGGUGGAGGAGCUGACGCGCCAGCUGGAGGAGCUGAGGGCCAACCGCGGGGGCGGCGCCGGCGCCGGAGGCGGAGACGGCUCGCUGUCUGCGGGGGCGGCCGACGGCGCGCCGCCAGGGGCCGCCGCGCUCGAGCUGGACCGGCUGCGCCGCGAGCUCAUGUACCGGAACAAGCUGAACGAGCAGCAGCGGCUGUGCAUCUCGCAGCAGCGCGAGGCUCUGAGCCAGCGGCAGGCGGAGGCGGCGUCGGUGGACCGCCGCAUCUCGGAGCUGCAGGGCCGCCUGCACCGCAAGCGCCUCCUCAACCAGCAGCACACCUCCACCACCAACAAUAACCACACCAACAACAACAACAUCAACAACAGCGCCAACAACAACAACUCCAGCAGCAUCCUCAACAACAACGCCAACAACAAGCAGCAGGCGAUCCAGCAGCAGCAACAGCACAGGCCUGCCGUGGUGGGUCACGCCCAGGACCAAAAGCCGGCAUUCCUGCUGAGGCCCGGAGGCAAUGUUGCUGCCGUUGAGCCGUACCUCCAUGUCCCGGCACCACAGCCGCAGCAACAACAACAACAACAACAGCAGCAGCAACAGCAACAGCAACACCAUCAGCCCAUGUCCGCUGACCAGCAGGAGAAGCCCCUCACCCAGGGCUCCCACAAUGCUCACCAGGAUGACAUAUCACCUUCAGAGUUUGGGGGCAGCAAGGCAGACCCAAAGUACCAAACACUGCCAUACAAUACAAAGUUCACAGUCAGUUUCUUGUCAAAGACGGCAGUGGGUGGCAAUGAAGUGGAGACUGCUAGGAAUGCCAUCAACAGCAACCUGAACAGCAAUUUUGGCAGCAGCACUGGUGUUAGCCCUGCGAACACCAAUAUGGGGCAACAACAACAACAACAACAACAACAACAGCAGCAGCAGCAGCAGCCGCAGCAUCAACAGCAACAGCAGAUGAUGUCAGUUGCACAUAGUACUCCAUUGUCAGGAAUAAACAAAGGUCUGGCAAUUGGUGUUGGGCAGCAGCAGCAGCAGCAGCAACAACAACAACAACAACAACAACAACAGCAUGAGAGUUCCAAUAACAAGCAAUCAUACACCAGUGGUGGCCGGCCUGCAUUUGGACUACCACCUCAGCCGUUCCUUCCAGGGCUCCACCGCUCUGCCCCAGCAGGAGCACCCAGCUCUGGUAUGGGGAACAUGGCCCAGGGCUCUGUACACCAGAAACCAGUCAGCAGUGUAGCACCAACGUCAGUGCAGCAUCAGAAGCCAUCUCCAAUUUAUCAGACAUCGUCGACAAAGAUACAGCCGGUGCAGCCACAAACGAUCAGCUCUACAGCUCCCCAGCAGAUGUUGGUGCUGAGUCCACCACAGGGGACCUCGACACCUCUGACCGGCACACCAGAGUCUGCCCCUACCUCUGCGUCGGUAACCGCAGCGGCGACUCUGCAGCAGCCUUCCACUCCGAAGCCGGCGCUGCCGCCUAAGCCGACGGUGCCGCAGGCGAAGCCCACGCCGCCACCACCACCCAGGCAGACGGCGCUCCACCAGCAUCAGGGCUCAGCAGACGACAGUCUGACCACCUUGAGACAACAGGAGGCUGUACCGGACGACAGCAGCCCCGGUGCUGUGCCGGGACUGGGAGAAGACCAGCAGCAGGCCACGCCCCCACCCCUCCCCAGGUUGCCUGAGGGGCCGCAGCACCAGCAGCCGCCCCCACAGGCACAGGCCCCACCUCCACCACCUGCCAUAAAGGCGAGGGGCCCCAUCAACCUGUGUCGGAAGCAUAUGUCGGAGCAGCCGAGGCUGAAGGGCACUGCAGGCCCCGGUGGAGUCCACGUCAGUAUCAACAGGCGGAUUGAGAUGCCUCCGGCCUUCCUCUUCCCUGAGACAGAUGCACCUCCCUCAGAUUUGGUGCACAGCUCUGCCUCAACUGUGACGUCUUCAUUACCGACACCAACAAUGACUACCUCUGUGAACUCUGCUAUCCAGGGAAACAGUGUGGUCACUUCCCUGGUGACAAACAGCUCACCAGAUGAUGAUGACCGCCUCACAGCUGGAGUGAAUACUGAGCAGGAUGAUUCUGCGGGUGGGGCGACUCUUACCCCCUCGCAGCAGCAGCAGCAGCAGCAGCUUGCAGAGAAUAACAGUGCUGUCAAAGCUGAAGAUUCCUCUGAGACAAACUCGGAUGAACAACAGCAGCAACAGCAGCAAGGAUUGAGUGUCCAGCCAGGUGGUGAUUCGGCAGUGGUGAGGAGGAAAGGUAACCUGAAAGUGGGGACAAACAGUGGCAACACGGGAUCUGGCAAUGGCAGUGGGGAGGGCAAGGGUGGGCAGCUACGGCGGGUGAGCUUUGACCCGUUGGCGCUGCUGCUGGACGCCAGCCUGGAGGGUGAGCUGGAGCUGGUGCGUGCUACGGCGGGCCGCGUGCCCGACCCCAGUGCUGCCAAUGACGAGGGCAUCACCGCCCUGCACAAUGCCAUCUGCGCAGGGCACCUUGGCAUUGUGCGCUUCCUCGUUGCCUUCGGUUGUGACGUCAACGCCCAGGACAGUGACGGCUGGACGCCUCUGCAUUGUGCUGCAUCGUGCAAUAACCUGGCCAUGGUGAAAUUUCUCGUGGAGCACGGAGCGUGUAUCUUCGCAACAACGCUUUCGGACCACGAGACAGCAGCAGAGAAGUGCGAGGAAGAUGAGGAAGGCUUUGAUGGAUGCUCCGAAUAUCUUUAUAGUGUCCAAGAAAAGCUUGGAAUUCUCAACGGUGGUGUCGUGUGGGCAGUCUAUGACUAUGAAGCACACAACCCGGAUGAACUAAGCUUUCGAGAGGGUGACCGCUUGGUGGUCCUGCGGAAGGGAGAUGAAAACGAACGCGAGUGGUGGUGGUCGCGGCUCGAUGACAAGGAGGGAUAUGUGCCUCGCAACUUGCUCGGGCUCUAUCCUAGAGUGCAGCCUGGCAAGAAGAUAGUUGAAUGACCAACGUAAACAGGCUGCCAACUUGCCACCAACUCAGGGGAGCAAAUCCAGUCCAGACAGACAAUAGUUUAAGCUUUUUGGAAUUUAUUGACUGAAGUGUGUCAUCGAACUGACUGAGGAUAUUUUACUGUCCUGCAUUGUACUUCAGGCCUAUGAUAGAGUAGAUAUUACAGGUUCUAAACUUGUUAAAUAUGGAUAGAACUAUGAAUUUGUCUGUGACCAUGACUCGAUGUGAUUCUUUAAUACUAAAAUGCAAUCACAGGCAACACUUGAAGUACAAAAACUGAGAACAAUUCAGGCUUUAAUAGGCAUCGAAUUUCGAUGCUCAGAGUUAAGUGUAUAUUAUGUAAACUGUAAUAGAGACAGAUGUGAUUAGGCUGAUAUGUAAUGUUUCUAAUAGAAGGCAACAAUGAACUGUGUAUGUAUGAAUUAACUGUGAGUUUGGGGAAAUAAUGCCUGCUGUUAUAAAUAUAUGGGAACAGAGUUUUUGAUAUAUUGUACUUUUACAGAACGGCCUGAAAUGCUUCACAGUCUUACUGAGUCAAGCCACUUGCCAAUGCAAAUGUGAAACAUGAUCAAAUUUAAAGUGCACCCUUGAUGUUUUUAGUAACCCAUGGAAGUGUUUGACAAUACGCUUCAACAUUUUUACAUAUGUAUUUUGAGACAGUUCAUCGCAGAGAUAAAACAUGCAAAGUCACAGUUGCUUCAGUAUUCAUAGCACUAUAUGAAUGGUUUUCUACAUAAGUUAUGCUAAUUAUGAAUUGUGCACAUACUCCAGAAGGUUUAAUUUUUUGUCUUAUUCCUGCCACUGUCCAAUGUAAGAAAAUGGCAGCUGAAAUUUGUUAUACUUUGGCAUGGAGCUUUUGACUGUACUUUGUGAUGAAUGACAUAUCUUCUCCCACCUCAUUGACUAUUAAGAAUACUAGACAGUGCCAGGCUAUAAUCGGAAUAUCAGAUCUGAGGCACUGUGAGAGUCCAAAUUUAAUAUAAUCUCUGCAUCACUGGCCAUAAUUAUGAGCAGUUGUUGUUAUAGUGAAUCUAUUUCUCAUUUAAUACAUUAUUAAAGACAAUAACAUGUCUAUUGGAAUCUUUCACCUUCACUAAAAAGGUAUAGAUUAAGGAUUGCAUAAAUAGUUCCUGAUAGUGACAAAUCCUGUUGAUUGUGGGCAAAGGUAUGUCCCCAAGUUCUCUUUUUAACAUAUCAAAAGAAGUGGUUCUAUGAAGGAUAGAAUUAAUUAUCCUAUUGAUAGAUUCCGCAAGCAGUGUAAAAAGAGAGCACACUCUACUCUUACACUUUCUUAUCUACUAGAAUUCCACAGUUUGAAUUUAUUAUGGAAGUCACAGAUUAGUAAACACAAUAGCUUUUCAGUCAUAUAGAUGCAAGGUUUUUAAUUCACCAGUUUUGGUUAAAAAAAUCUGAUACACAAUGCUUCUUACCUUUCUUGUGAACUUUGCUGAUGCAAAAUGUGAUACCUGAUAAGAUGCAGAAACUUUGUGAUGGGAAAAACUGACACAUUCAGUAAGACAUUGUUAUUUGCUGAUGUAUUGGCUGAAAUGUUUCUGUUUAUUGUGUGGGAGCAAUGAAUGGACCACUUGAGCAUUAAUCGGUACUAAAAGGCAAGCAGGAUGAGAAUGCAUGUGUGUGUGUGUAACUGGCAGCAAAAUCAGACAAACAUUGUAUGCAAGGAAAAGUAAAUGGUUCUGUGCCUUCCUAAUAAAGUACGAAAAGUGGAAAUGAGAAUGUCAGCUGUAUACAUUUUAAUGAACUGUGGGGGUGCACAAUUAGCACUAAAUAAAUAAAAUAUUUACUUGUGAAGCAGUAUAAGGGGUAAAGAUGAAAUAUUUUCCAUAUGUACAUAAAUAUAUUAUUGCUGUAUGGAAUAAAAUGCUUUACAUUUCUGGCUCUGCCAGUGUUGAGGAAUGAGUAAAUAGUUUAUACUUUAAUCCCGUUCUGUAAGCAUCUGCCUAGUGGAUGGAUAUACCUUAUGUUUAGAGAGAAAUAUUACUAUUACUAUCACUAUGAUUAUCAUUAUUGUAAAUAUCAUGUUGUAACUGAAAUAUAUUUUCAUCCCAGUUUUA